AUGUCGUCCAGCCAGCGCCCUGAGCGUGUGGUACACCAGGACUACAUCGCGCGAAUACGGUACUCGAACGCUCUACCACCGCCCCCAAAUCCGCCGAAGCUGCUUGAGAUACCAGGCACCGGUCUUGCAGGCGGACAGUACACAAGCGCCGCAUAUGCGUCAAAGCUGGCGAGAGAGCAGCCUCUUAAUAUCGAAGCGGAUGCAGAGCUCGGCAUGCGUAUUGACUUGGUUGGAAUACCAGGUGUCUUUGAUGGAGACGAAAGAGCUAUCUCCGUGCGACCGAAUGCGCAGAUACAUCCCGCGGACAAGCAGUUACUCAAGCCGCUUUCUGCGCUUGGAAAGUCGAAUGCUUCUGCCGGCGCCGUAUCGUUCCUUCGAAGAACCGAAUACACGGCGUCCUCGAAUGUUCAGCAAAUGGUGUCGAACACUUCGAAAGACAUGAUGCGCCUGCGCAACGAUCCGAAACGGCGCAAACCGAACAAUCUCGACAAAGACGAUCCGGUAAACAUCAUCCGCAACAUAGUCAAGGGCUUUGAUCUCGCAUAUCCAAGCGAUGCGUACAAAGGCGACGACAGCACUAGCAAUAUCCGAGGGGCAGCUGUCACCGACGCAGAGGUCAAGGCGUGGUCGAACCCAAAGCACCCGACUAAGCCUGAACUGCAACUGCUCGAUAGUUAUCCAGUCCUGCCCGAUCUCGAAGCACUUCCGACGAGCGGCUACUACAUGGUCGCCAAAUUCAUCUCAAAUCCACUUGGAACGGACGGCUACGACCAGCGUCUAGAUACGGCCAUCCUCCGACCAGUCGACGACCCGCAAAUGCAAGCUGAAUACCAACGACGCCUCGCCGAAUGGGAUCCCAACUCUGGCAAGCCGCAGCCCUUACCAGAGUACGAAUACGACUACUACGUGCCUUCCGAGGUUUCCGCCGUCCGCGGCAUCAAGCGCAAAUUCGACGUCAAUGAUACGGAGAAUGACGACCCGGAACUCUACACCGACGACACUCCCGAGGGACGAGCAUUCAAGUACGAGCGUCUACGUACCUACGAGACGUACAACCAGCACGGCAAUGCGACGGAUCUGUACAACGACUCCGUCGCACUGGCGCUGCACGAUACCGAAGGCGAUGUCGGCACUACUCCGGGAGCGAAACAGAGGCUGGAGAAGGCGGCGUAUUAUUACCCUAUCAUCCAGCGGACGGCGAUACGGCCGAAGCGGAAAAUUGGAAGGCAGGCGGUUACGCAAACAGAUGAGGAGAGGGUGGAUGAGAUUAACAUUACCGUUGUUAACUUUACAGAGGAGGAGCGGGCAAGGGCGUUGGAGAAACAGGCGGAGCUGGAUCCGAGUUUAAAGGGUGGUGCGGCUAUUGUUGAGGCGGCUGCGUAA